AUCAAAUACGCAAGCAACGAUUCUCACUUUUCAAAGAAGAAAGGAAUUACCAGUCAUGUUUUGGUUUGCUUAUCUUUUGGUACUUGCAAUUGGUGUUACUGCCUCUUCAAAGAUCUCGAUCUCUAUUCCUCCAUUCGCUAAGGAGUGUAUCUAUCACGAGCUCACAGAAGAAAACAAUGCAUUGUUGGUGAGCUAUCAAGUCCUUAGGGGCGGUGAUUUUGAACUUGAUUUCAGCAUUAUUUCUCCUAAAGGUGAUACUAUCAUCAACCAGAAGGAUGAAAAGUACGCUGACUUUGUUCUCAAGACUUUUGGGUUGGGUGAAUACUCCUUCUGCUUCUCCAACCCUCACAAGGACCUUAAAAAGGUUGAAUUCACAUUGAAAUUGGGAAAUGGUGAGGAGAGUGAAAACACUACAGGUGUUAAGGAGGAUGUCGUUGCGGAUCACUCCUUAUCAGAGAUUGACAGAAACCUGAACAAGAUUGAAAGAAUCAUGAACUACCUAAGAGCUAGAGAAUGGAGAAACAUGUCCACUGUGGAAUCCACUCAAUCUCGUAUCGUCUACCUUUCAAUGAUUAUCAUCUUGUUGACCGUUGGUGUUAACGUUGCACAGGCAUCUGUCGUUCAGUUCUUGUUUGCCGGUCGUGAAAAGAGUUUUGUUUGAAUUGAACUACGAGGUGGGUCUAUACAUAAUUUUAUAACGAAAAGGCCAUGAACGACAAAGCUGUAUAUUCAUACGUAACAACUAAUUUGCGCGUUCAGAUGUACCACUCAAUC